ACAGGAGUUGAGGCACCUGUUUACCUUAAAAGACAAGCUAACAGAUCUGGUGGCUCAUCCGGGAUAUUCCCAAGACACACUGGACAGAAAAUCAUCCUUUCUUACAAAAAUGUUUUUUGGGAUCCUUCUCAGUCUCACACUGAGUUUAUGCUGCUGUGAUGCUAAAUGCAUGGGAGCUAUGUUUGUAGAAACAGAAGCAUCAUGUAUUAAAAGUACUGAUACCAACAGCAACCAGGAGCUUGAAAAACUUCAGGACAGAAUUAAAUAUGUUGCUCGAAGCUGCAAAGAAAUUCUUGACAAAUAUCAAGUUUAUGAGGAUGGCCUGUACUAUCUGACCUCACCAAGAGGGGUCCUUUACCAGACGUUUUGUGAUAUGACCACUGCGGGCGGCGGCUGGACGCUGGUGGCCAGCGUUCAUGAAAACAACAUGUAUGGAAAGUGUACUGUUGGUGAUCGCUGGUCUAGUGAUCAGGGCAGCAACGCAAACCGGCCUGAUGGAGAAGGAACAUGGGCAAACAGAGUCACAUUUGGAACUGCAGAGGCCGCUACAAGUGAUGAUUACAAGAAUCCUGGAUACUUUGGAAUUGCGGCACAGGAUGUGUCUGUGUGGCAUGUUCCUAAUAAUAUUGUGAUGGAAAACUGGAGCACUGCCUCCAUCCUGAGAUACCACACUGAAAAUCGCUUCUUAACUCAAUACGGAGGAAAUCUUUUCAAUUUAUUCAAGAAAUUCCCUGUGAGCUUUGGAAUCGGAACUUGCAAAAUUGAUAAUGGACCUGCUAUUCCAAUAGUGUAUGAUACUGGAAAUGUGGAUUCUACCAAAAAACUGUAUGGACCUAAUUCAAGAGCAAUAUUUGAGCCUGGAUUCAUCACAUUCAGAGUCUUCAAUAAUGAAAAGGCAGCCAUGGCACUUUGUUCGGGCACUAAACCAACCGGUUGUGACAUUGAACAUUUCUGUAUUGGUGGAGGUGGACACUUUCCUGAGGCGGUCCCUAGACAGUGCGGGGACUUUCCGAGUUUCGACUGGGAUGGCUAUGGUACUAAUACAGGAUGGAGUGCUUCCAAAGAGAUAACUGAAGCAGCUGUACUUCUUUUUUAUCGCUGACCUGCUUCCUUUACUUCUGUCAGAGAUAUAUGACAUUGAUUAAUAUCUGAAUACACAAUAAUUUGCUCAAAUAUAUUUCUUAUAUUUCUUAUAUAUUUUCUCUUUUUCUAUUAUCUAAGAAUGUGUAUGGUGUUUGUAACUGAUGAAAAAAAAAAAAAAAACCUGUCAGAUUAGCCAUUUAUUGUGAGGCUUCUUUUAAUGCAUAUAACCUACUUUUAACUUCUCAGUGUUCAUGGGUUUUUUUUUUCAACUGUUCACAAAUGGAAACAAAUGUAUAAUGUUCAAAUAAAACCAAUGGGUUGUCAAUGCUGUUCAAACAAUGGAUUCAAAAUCUACUUUAGGUUUCAUAGUUUAUAAGUUUCACUGAAAAUAUUCCAUGAUCAUAUUCCAUAACACAUUUGGUUACAUUCUGUUCUGCUAAUAAAGUCUGUUAUUACUAA